GGCGACACGGCGCUCAACCCAUAAAGCACAGUAGAGAGCUAUCAAAAACAUCCUGCCCGAGAGGAUGGUGCGCCAAAUAAGUUAAUCUGAGACAUAGUAUCACAGCAACAAGGCAUUUCUGCUCCGAGCAUUAUACGGUUAUUCCCUUUAUGUGUUUUUGGCAUCAAAUGUAACACACUUGAGAGGAUCGAUGUCUUUUCUUCGUUGGGUAUCUGAGAAAUUGAGUGUGGAGAGCCUGCGGGAUUUGGAGUUGUUUGGAGAGCAAGCUCAGGGAGUCUCUCACAGGAAAGCCAAUGAGGACAGUCAGGAGAGUCUGACCUCCUUCCCUCGUCGAGACACUAUGGGCAGUUUCCUUCCUGACAGCAGCUCUUAUGAGCUCCUUGCUGUUAUUGGUCGGGGCUUGGACAAUUUAAUGACUGUUAACCUGGCUCGAUAUAGACCCACUGGGGAGCAUGUGGCCAUCCGACGGAUUGACUUAGAGUCAUGUACUAAUGACAUGGUUACCUACCUGCAGGGUGAACUACAUGUGUCAAAGUUGUUUCACCACCCCAGUAUUCUACCAUACAAGAGCGUCUUUAUAGCUGAAAAUGAAUUAUGGGUCAUCACACCUUUCAUGGCUUAUGGGUCAGCCAGAGAUCUCAUCUGCACACAUUUUACAGAUGGUAUGAGUGAGCUGACUAUAGCAUACAUUUUGCUAGGCAUGCUCAAAGCUCUUGAAUACAUCCAUCAUAUGGGAUAUGUGCACCGGAGUGUGAAGGCCAGCCACGUUUUGAUCUCUGCAGAUGGACAAGUCUGCAUGUCAGGUCUGCGGAGCAUCUUUAGCCUCAUUCGACAUGGCCAAAGGGCCAAAGUGGUCCACGACUUCCCCCAGUAUAGCGUUAACGUGCUGCCGUGGCUUAGUCCUGAAGUGCUGCAACAGAAUCUCCAAGGCUAUGACUCUCGAUCAGACAUCUACAGCCUCGGCAUCACAGCCUGUGAACUAGCCAAUGGACACGUUCCCUUCAAAGACAUGCCAGCUACACAGAUGCUACUGGAGAAGCUAAACGGGACAGUCCCAUGCUUGCUGGAUACCACAACUAUACCACCAGAGGAGCUGUCCAUGAAGCCUUCCCGUUCUGGUGCUGACUCUGGGAUCUGUGAGGGUCCUGGAGCAGGAGGAGUCCGACACUCCAACGGUGAACCCUCGUCAUCGUCAGGAGGACACCCAUACAACCGGACGUUCUCCCCGCAGUUCCACGCCUUCGUUGAGCUGUGUCUACAGCGAGACCCAGAAAAAAGACCAUCUGCAACCAGUCUUGUUGGCCAUCCCUUCUUCAAACAGAUCAAACGGCGACCUUCAGAGGCCCUACCUGAGCUGUUGCGGCCCGUCUCACCUAUCACCAGCUUUGAAAGCUCCCAGCCUCAGGACUCACCUUCUGGACUUGCCAGUCUGGAGUCCGGUCUCAGCCACCUGGAAGUAGAUGACUGGGACUUCUGACAGUGGAGGACUUGGCGGGAAGAUGUUUAUAUGAGAAACUCUCUGAGCAGAUGGGACAAGAUUAGUUUUUGUUAUGGCCCCUAUGUGUAUAUAAUACUAAAAGGAGUGGCUGUUCUCAGACCCAGGUUACAACCCAGCAGCCAUCCUGCCUCUUUUGACAUCUCUCACGCUUUUGUUCUUUAGAUAUGCACAAACUCUUGCACUGCACUGAUUGCCUCUUUGUCUCUCUCUCUCACACACACACACACACCUACACCUGUUUACAGAUUGUACUCUCACAUUACAAGCCCCCUGGAGCUAAAACAAAACAGGACUCUCACUUCCUCAUGCUAGUGUUGAGGUCAGAGAGUCUGUGUUUGUAGCCUAAAGAGUCUCACAAAACAAAUUGGUUUGAAGCUGCUACUAAAUAUUCAGAGGGGACACUCUACCUCGUGUGAGAACAGGGCUGCUUGAUGCGGCCCAUAUGCUCAGUGAGACCACCAUAAUGGCGCACAGCGGUCUUCACAGCUGACUCGGUUAGUCUUCUGCACCAGAUGGAAGGUUUUGCGUUUACCUGGAGGGUCAACUAAAUUAACAGCAUGUAAACACAUUUCUUAGCUCUGCUUGUGUUACAGUGUAAACUACAUUUCAUGUUUCAGGCAACUCUUCUGUUGCACAGAGGUUAAGAUUAACGUGUUAGUCUAACCAUCAAAGCAUAGACGUAUGUAUUUGCUUGAACUUACUCUGGGUAUUAUCUCAUGUCGAAAAUGAAUGUUUUAUUGGUGCUUGUUUUGUCUGCAUGUAUAUUUGAAAGUGAGGGCAAAGCAUUGUGUUGCAAAACUCAAACUUGACUUUUAACAAUAAACGUGGUUGACAUUAA